AGCGCGCAUGCUCGCGGCUCGGCGCUGAAAUUCAAAUUUGAACGGCUGCAGAGGCCGAGUCCGACACUAGAAGCCGAGAGGAGAGGACAGCUGGUUGUGGGAGUGUUUCCCCGCCUCAGACUCCUGGUUUUUUCCAGGAGACACACUGAGCCGAGACUCACUUUUCUCUUCCUGAAUUUGAACCACCGUUUCCAUCGUCUCGUAGUCCGACGCCUGGGGCGAUGGAUCCGUUUACCGAGAAACUGCUGGAGCGAACCCGUGCCAGGCGAGAGAAUCUUCAGAGAAAAAUGGCUGAGAGACCCACAGCAGCUCCAAGGUCUAUGACUCAUGCUAAGCGAGCCAGACAGCCACUUUCAGAAGCAAGUAACCAGCAGCCCGUUUCUGGUGGUGAAGAGAAAUCUUGUACGAAACCAUCACCAUCAAAAAAACGCUGUUCUGACAACACUGAAGUAGAAGUUUCUAAUUUGGAAAAUAAACAACCAGUUGAGUCAUCAUCUGCAAAAUCUUGUUCUCCAAGUCCUGUGUCUCCUCAGGUGCAGCCACACGCAGCAGAUACCGUCAGUGAUUCUGUGGCUGUCCCGGCAUCACUGCUGGGCAUGAGGAGAGGGCUGAACUCAAGAUUGGAAGCAACUGCAGCCUCCUCAGUUAAAACACGUAUGCAAAAACUUGCGGAGCAACGGCGCCUUUGGGAUAAUGAUGAUAUGACAGAUGAUAUUCCUGAAAGCUCACUCUUCUCACCAAUGCCAUCAGAGGAAAAGGCUGCUUCCCCUCCCAAACCACCACUUUCAAAUGCCUCAGCAGCUCCAGUUGGGAGAAGGGGCCGUCUGGCCAACCUUGCUGCAACUAUUUGCUCCUGGGAAGAUGAUGUAAAUCACUCAUUUGCAAAACAAAACAGUGUACAAGAACAGCCUGGUACCACUUGUUUAUCCAAAUUUUCCUCUGCAAGUGGAGCAUCUGCUAGGAUCAAUAGCAGCAGUGUUAAGCAGGAAACUACAUGCUGUUCCCAAAGGGAUGGCGAUGCCUCUUUGAAUAAAGCCCCAUCCUCAAGUGCUGAUGAUACAUCUUUGGUUAAUGCCUCAAUUUCCAGCUCUGUGAAAGCUACUUCUUCUCCAGCGAAAUCUACUACAUCUAUCACUGAUGCUAAAAGUUGUGAGGGACAAAAUCCUGAACUACUUCCAAAAACUCCGAUUAGCCCUCUGAAAACAGGGGUAUCGAAACCAAUUGUGAAGUCAACUUUAUCCCAGACAGUUCCGUCCAAAGGAGAACUAAAUAGAGAAAUUUGUCUGCAAUCUCAAUCUAAAGACAAAUCUACAACACCAGGAGGAGCAGGAAUUAAGCCUUUCCUGGAACGCUUUGGAGAGCGUUGUCAAGAGCACAGCAAAGAAAGUCCAGCUCGUAGCAUACCCCAUAGAACCCCCAUUAUUACUCCAAAUACAAAGGCCAUCCAAGAAAGAUUAUUCAAGCAAGACACAUCUUCAUCUACUACCCAUUUAGCACAACAGCUCAAGCAGGAACGUCAAAAAGAACUAGCAUGUCUUCGUGGCCGUUUUGACAAGGGCAAUAUAUGGAGUGCAGAAAAAGGCGGAAACUCAAAAAGCAAACAACUGGAAACCAAACAGGAAACUCACUGUCAGAGCACUCCCCUCAAAAAACACCAAGGUGUUUCAAAAACUCAGUCACUUCCAGUAACAGAAAAGGUGACAGAAAACCAGACACCAGCCAAAAAUUCCAGUACAGAACCUACAGGUUUCACUGAAUGCAAAAUGACGAAAUCUAGCCCUUUGAAAAUAACAUUGUUUUUAGAAGAGGACAAAUCCUUAAAAGUAACAUCAGACCCAAAGGUUGAGCAGAAAAUUGACGUGAUACGUGAAAUUGAGAUGAGUGUGGAUAAUGAUGAUGAUAUCAAUAGUUCAAAAGUAAUUAAUGACAUCUUCAGUGAUGUCCUAGAGGAAGGUGAACUAGAUGUGGAGAAGAGCCAAGAGGAGAUGGAUCAAGCAUUAGCAGAAAGCAGCGAAGAACAGGAAGAUGCACUGAAUAUCUCCUCAAUGUCUUUACUUGCACCGUUGGCACAAACAGUUGGUGUGGUAAGUCCAGAGAGUUUAGUGUCCACACCUAGACUGGAAUUGAAAGACACCAGCAGAAGUGAUGAAAGUCCAAAACCAGGAAAAUUCCAAAGAACUCGUGUCCCUCGGGCUGAAUCUGGUGAUAGCCUUGGUUCUGAAGAUCGUGAUCUUCUUUACAGCAUUGAUGCAUAUAGAUCUCAAAGAUUCAAAGAAACAGAACGUCCGUCAAUAAAGCAGGUGAUUGUUCGGAAGGAAGAUGUUACUUCAAAACUGGAUGAAAAAAAUAAUGCCUUUCCUUGUCAAGUUAAUAUCAAACAGAAAAUGCAGGAACUCAAUAAUGAAAUAAAUAUGCAACAGACAGUGAUCUAUCAAGCUAGCCAGGCUCUUAACUGCUGUGUUGAUGAAGAGCAUGGAAAAGGAUCCCUAGAAGAAGCUGAAGCAGAAAGACUUCUUCUAAUUGCAACUGAGAAGAGAACACUUUUGAUUGACGAAUUGAAUAAAUUGAAGAACGAAGGACCUCAGAGGAAGAAUAAGGCUAGUCCUGUAUCCCAAAGUGAAUUUAUGCCAUCCAAAGGAUCAGUUACUUUGUCAGAAAUCCGCUUGCCUCUAAAAGCAGAUUUUGUCUGCAGUACGAUUCAGAAACCAGAUGCAGCAAAUUACUAUUACUUAAUUAUACUAAAAGCAGGAGCUGAAAAUAUGGUAGCCACACCAUUAGCAAGUACUUCAAACUCUCUUAACGGUGAUGCUCUGACAUUCACUACUACAUUUACUCUGCAAGAUGUAUCCAAUGACUUUGAAAUAAAUAUUGAAGUUUACAGCUUGGUGCAAAAGAAAGAUCCCUCAGGCCUUGAUAAGAAGAAAAAAACAUCCAAGUCCAAGGCUAUUACUCCAAAGCGACUCCUCACUUCUAUAACCACAAAAAGCAACAUUGCUUCUUCAGUCAUGGCCAGUCCAGGAGGUCUCAAUGCUGUGCGAACCAGCAACUUCGCGCUUGUCGGAUCUUACAUAUUAUCAUUGUCUUCAGUGGGAAAUACUAAGUUUGUUCUGGACAAGGUCCCCUUUUUAUCUUCUUUGGAAGGUCAUAUUUACCUAAAAAUAAAAUGUCAAGUGAAUUCCAGUGUUGAAGAAAGAGGGUUUCUAACCAUAUUUGAAGAUGUUAGUGGUUUUGGUGCCUGGCAUCGAAGAUGGUGUGUUCUUUCUGGAAACUGUAUAUCUUAUUGGACUUAUCCAGAUGAUGAGAAACGAAAGAAUCCCAUAGGAAGGAUAAAUCUGGCUAAUUGUACCAGUCGUCAGAUAGAACCAGCCAACAGAGAAUUUUGUGCAAGACGCAACACUUUUGAAUUAAUUACUGUCCGACCACAAAGAGAAGAUGACCGAGAGACUCUUGUCAGCCAAUGCAGGGACACACUCUGUGUCACCAAGAACUGGCUGUCUGCAGAUACUAAAGAAGAGCGGGAUCUCUGGAUGCAAAAACUCAAUCAAGUUAUUGUUGAUAUUCGCCUCUGGCAACCUGAUGCUUGCUACAAACCUAUUGGAAAGCCUUAAACUGGGAAAUUUCCAUGCUAGCUAGAGCUUUUUUGAUGUCAUCUUAAGAAACACACUUAAGAGCAUCAGGUUUACUGAUUGCAUUUUAUGCUUUAAGUACGAAAGGGUUUGUGCCAAUAUUCACUAUGUAUUAUGCAGUAUUUAUAUCUUUUGUUUGUAAAACUUUAACCGAUUUCUGUCAUUCAUCAAUGAGUAGAAGUAAAUACAUUAUAGUUGAUUUUCCUAAAUCUUAAUUUAAAAGCCUCAUUUUCCUAGAAAUCUAAUUAUUCAGUUAUUCAUGACAAUAUUUUUUUAAAAGUAAGACAUUCUGAGUCGUCUUCUUGGAGCUGUAGGUCUUGAAACAGCAACAUCUUUCAGGGGUUGGAGACAGAAACCCAUUCUCCAAUCUCAGUAGUUUUUUUGAAAGGCUGUGAUCAUUUAUUGAUCAUGAUAUGUCUUGUUACUAGGGUACUAAAAAAAUGUCUAAGGCCUUUACAGAAACAUUUUUAGUGAUGAGGAUGAGAACUUUUUCAAAUAGCAAAUAUAUAUUGGCUUAAAGUGUGAGGCUGCCUUCAGAAAAGAUAUGUAGACAUAGGAGGCAAUGUGUGAGACUUGGGGGUUCAAUAUUUUAUAUAGAAGAGUUAAUAAGCACAUGGUUUACAUUUACUCAGCUACUAUAUAUGCAAUGUGGUGCACAUUUUCAUAGAAUUCUGGCUUCAUUACGAUCAGACUUCGCAUAUUAGUUUUUUCUGUAAUAAGCUUACAGACUUAGCAUAUUAGUUUUUUCUACUACAACAAGUGUAAAUUGAAAAAUCUUUAUAUUAAAAAAGUAAACUGUUAUGAAGCUGCUAUGGACUAAUAAUACUUUGCUUGCCAAAGUGGGUUUUGUUGUUGUUUGGUUUUUUUUUUUUUGGUUCAUGAACAAUAGUGUCUAGAAACCCAUUUUGAAAUUGGAAAAUUAUUAAGUCACAUAUCACCUUUAAACACCUUUUUUUAAUUAUAAAAUAUUGUAAAGCAGGGUCUCAACUUUUAAAUACUUUGAAUUUCUUCUCUGAAUUAUUAAAGUUCUUUAUGACCUCAUUUAUAAACACUAAAUUCUGUCACCUCCUGUCAUUUUAUUUUUUAUUCAUUCAAAUGUAUUUUUUCUUGUGUAUAUUAUAAAAAUAUAUUUUAUGAGCUCUUACUCAAAUAAAUACCUGUAAAUGUCUAAAGGAA